GAGGGAUGUAUAUUUGCAUUUACUUGCCUUCCCAUAUCUUCUUCUUGAGAUCAAGAAUGAAGCUAAGCGAGUCGAGAGACGAAGCAGAGAAGCACAAGCGACAACAACAUUUCGAACACGAGCUUAAGAACAUGAUCUCCUCGUUAACCCACAUGGGAGGAGCAGAGAAAGCAGGACCAAGCCACUAUGAAGAAGAGGACAAGGAGGAGGAUGGUGUCAGAGUCAUCACGCUUUCUGGUUCCAACCUAGGAGCCACCAUGAAGACCGAGCUUGACGAUAAUCAUGGAGACAACAACAACAACUACAGAAAUGGCGGCCACGAGCUUGAUCUCCUGACCACAUACGUUAACAGCAACUUUCAAGGUGUGAACAACUCUAUAAUGAUUGGCGCCAAGUACGAGACUCAUGAUCCAGGCGUUCAUCUUGACAUCUCAGGCGAUGUGGAGAAACCUUCGAUGAAGACAAAAGCGAGGGGGACAAAGGGAAAGAAGGGAAAGUCUCAUGCUCGAAGUGAUGAUCGUCGAGAAUCUGAACAUACAGACUGAUUGGUAUAUCUUCAAGGACAAAAGCAUUUUGGCUUCUGCAUUAAUUUCUGUUGUCUUCUUUAAAUAAUUAGAGAAGUGGUGCAUGCCAAAGCACUUUACUUUCUCUUCGAGGUUGUUGUUUUUGCUUGCUUGCGCUUAUCAUUAAACAUGUUUGAUAUUUAUAA